GGCAAAGGUUUCAAGACAUUAACUAGUUUGAAACUUUGAUGCGUUUCAAACAUCUACAUAGUCUACCAAACAGCAACAUUUCUAUGAUUAUUGACUCCACGGUUGUUAAAGAAAUAACCGAAAUCUAUGGGUUUAUUUCUAUACUGAGAGCUCUCCGGUUCUUCAGUAUUUGGUGUCUGUUACAGUUAUCUCACCUUGCAACACCAAUAAUGGCGAUCCACCUAACAAACCUCGUGUCGAAAACUUUAGACACGCGUAUUCGGAGAACAUGUGUGAACAUUUUUAGGUUACUGUCGACAUUUGAUCACCGUUCAUCAGAUGCCGAAGAAUUACCAAAGCCUCCAAAGAAACCGUACUCUAUGUUUUUUGAAUUCUUAGAUAGAAAUCGCCCAGCGGUAGUUUCAAAUAACCCAGGUAUGAAAAAUCCAGAAGUUAUUAGUUUGAUAUCGAACAUGUAUCGUAAUUUGUCUGAGGCCGACAAAAAGCUUUUGAAAGAGGAAUCGACAAAAAGAUUCCAGGCUUAUAAGGAAGAAUACGUUAAAUUUAAGGCAUCUUUAUCUCCACAACAACUCCAAGCGAUGACUGUGUUAUCUCAGAAGAAAAAGGCCAGUCGCUUAAAAAGAGAAAAGAAGCGUGCUGAAAAGAAAUACGGUCAUCCACAGAGGCCAAUCAGUUCUUACGGCAUUUUUGUACGGGAAAAUAAAGGAAAACGUGGAAACAUGGGUUUUAUAGAGUUUUCCAAAUACUUGUCACAAAUGUGGAAAGAAAUGCCAGAUAAUGAAAAGUCUGUUUAUCAUGAUAUGUCUAUGGCCGAGAGAGAGAGAUACGCUGCUCAAAUGGUAGACUGGGAACAACUGAUGCUGGAGGAAGGUCGGCCGGAGUUGUUACGAGGUUACACCAAAACGAAGGCAAAGAAAAAGAAAGCGAAAACGAAAGCUAAAAUGAAAACAAAAACUAAAGCUAAGAAAAAAAGAAAAACUAAGAAAACGAGCAAGAAGAAUCUUGAGGAUUUUUGAUCUGCAAUGUUUGAAAGUUUUGCGAUCGUCUUAGAGCAUUCUAUUUGAACAAAUAAAGUAAUGAAAUGUCUUGUGACAGUAGUGACUGACUCCAAAUGAGAAGGGAAGAUGAUUUCAAGAAUCAAGAAUUGAUAUAUCAUUAAGGGAAAGAUGAUAUUUUAAUCCUGGAGACAAGAGGACAGCUGUUGGCACAUUUGUAUCCCAUUGGCCAUCAGCAACACAGAAGUUGUCCUAUCUUAACUGCAGCCAUAAAUACAACUUAGACAUCAAUAAAUGAAUUUAUUUUGUAUGUUA